AGUCUAAAACUCUCAUGCAUGUGCAUGUGCAUGUCAAACAAGCAACAACUACCCACUCAAACCAGUCCACAGAUUGAAGACUCACAGGGCUCAGCCAGAACCACCCAGAAGAGUUCUUGUGCCAUGUGGAGAGGACCAGUCGGAAUUAGUGGAGCAGGCCCUUCAGAGUUCAAGGAGAUCUCUGCAUCCGUCCACAGGUGUUGUGUUAAACCAAGACAAUAGAGACUUUAUGGAAAGCGAACCAGGAAAUGGGGAAGCAACCAGUACCCAGAUUUUUUGACACAUUCAACAUCUCAGACAACUGACCCCAGUUGACUUUUUUGCAAUUGUUUUCUCAAGAUUUCUGCUUGGACCACUCUGUCUGAGAUCCUGACUUGUCCUAAGACUGUACACAACAUAGUGCACAGCAGCACAGGACUGUGAAUCCCAUGGAGCCAUGUCCCACUCAGAGGAGGAAGACCGAGGCAGCCUGGUUGCAGACCAUGAACUAUGUGGGUCAGUUGGCGGGCCAGGUGUUUGUGCAAGUCAAGGAGCUGUACAGAGGGCUCAACCCCGCAACACUGUCUGGAUGCAUAGAUGUCAUCGUGGUGCGGCAGCCCGAUGGCUCCCUGCAGUGCUCCCCCUUUCACGUCCGCUUCGGCAAGAUGGGCGUCCUGCAAUCCCGUGAAAAAGUGGUGGACAUAGAGAUCAAUGGAGAGUCGGUGAGUCUGCACAUGAAGCUGGGAGAGAAUGGAGAGGCCUUCUUCGUCAAAGAGACGGAGAACAUGCUGGAAGUUGUGCCGUCCUACUUGGCAACAUCACCCAUCAUGUCAAUCGGCGAGGAGUUAAUGGAGUCCCAGCUGGGCAGGGGCACUCUUCGUCACCACGACACCAUCCCCUGCAACUCGCUUCCUGUCCAGAGCCAGGGACACCAGCAAAGUGAUGGUGUGGUGAACAAGAAGAGGAGGAAGAGGAGGAGGAAGAUACGGCAAGAGGGAGGCGGAGGUGGAGGAGGGAGACGAGAAGAGAGCGGGGAAGAGUUCUCGGAGGAUGAGGACAUGUUUACUAUUGACUUGAGCACGGACGAGGAAAGAGAGGCCGACGACAGCAGGCCUAUAUACGGUGAUCAUGGGACUACAGCCAUCACCCAUACACAACCCAGCGCUGAUUGGACUCGUUCUCAGAGUCAAGCGAUUAAGGAGACUCUUUCCAUCCCUCCACCAUGUGGUCUGUCCUUCUCCUGUCCUCAGCAGACCUCUCACUUCUCUUCUCUUGUUAGCAGCCAUGAUGAUUCACGGUCAUCAACACCAAAGAGCGACUCAGAGUUAACCACUCAGAAUAAAAACAACCCAGAAAUGCUGUGGACCUGGGGGGAGCUGCCACAGGCUGCCCAGCCGGACUUCCUGACUUCCCACCUGAAGCAGGACCUGGCCACCAAAGUCUCCGUCCCACUGUCAGCCAGCACUCACUUCAGAGCUAUCAGUGACAGAGGACCCCCUUCCCUCACUCUCUAUGGCCCCCAGCCAGGGGAGAGCACUGCUACUGGUGGGCAUGAGGACCCUGAGGAAACCAGACACAGAGCCAGCGAUGGACUAGGUGCUGAGACUGGGGACAAGGCUGGAGGGGAGCAAGAGAGGCAGGUGGAGAAUGUGGGGCCGUCAUGUACAGAGAUUGAGGCUCUAACAGCCGGCUCAGUGUCUCCCAGGAUUGUCCUCGAUCAUCUGGACGAAGGUGGAAACAGAGGAAGUCCCAUCAGAACAACCGAUUCACCAUCCAAGAGGAAAGAAAAGAGAAGCCAACACCUGGGUGCUGAUGGUGUAUACCUGGAUGACAUUACAGAGCUGGAGCCUGAAGUCGCUGCUCUCUACUUCCCUAAAAGCGACGGAGGCAGCAGCUCGAUGAAAGCAGAAUCGGAGAUGAUGAUGAUGGGGGUGCGGAGCGCUAAUCAAUCGCCCCAGUCGGUGGGCAGCAGUGGGAUGGACAGCGGCAUGGACAGUCUGUCCGACCAGUUAGGAGACCUGCCGCACGUCGCCAUCUCUUUGUGUGGAGGGCUCACUGACAACAGGGAGAUCACAAGAGAGCAGUUCCUGGAGAGGGCAGUUUCUUACCAGCAGUUCUCAGAAAACCCGUCUCUUAUUGAGGACCCCAACCUGGUGGUGAAAAUAGGAAACAAAUACUACAACUGGAACACAGCAGCUCCCGUCAUGCUGGCCAUGCAGGUCUAUCAGAAACCUCUGCCGCAGGCCUCAGUGGAGAACAUCAUGAAGGAGAAGAUGCCAAAGAAAGGAGGACGCUGGUGGUUCUCGUGGAGGAGCGGGAACAGUGAAUCCAAAUCGGAAUCAGUGUCAGAGGCUGGGGGAGUCAGAGGGGAGAGCUCCCUCACGAUGGCCUCAGUGAACAGGAUGAAGGAUGAGUCGUCCUCGAGUGAUGACGACCACAGAUCCUCCAAUCACAUGUCAGGAUCCUGCCAGUCAGAGCCCAUGAUGAGUUCUGGCAGCAUCUGCUAUACGAAGACUCUGCGGCUCACCCCAGAGCAACUGGCCAGCCUGCAGCUGAAGGACGGUCCUAAUGAAGUGGUGUUCAGUGUGACAACUCAGUAUCAGGGCACCUGUCGCUGCAAUGGCACAAUUUAUCUUUGGAGCUGGGAUGACAAGAUAGUCAUCUCCGAUAUAGACGGAACCAUCACGAGGUCAGACACGCUGGGUCACAUCCUCCCCACCCUGGGUAAAGACUGGACCCACCAGGGUAUCGCACGGCUCUACCACAGAGUCAGCCUGAACGGAUAUAAAUUCAUGUACUGCUCGGCGAGGGCCAUCGGCAUGGCGGACAUGACGAGAGGCUACCUGCACUGGGUCAAUGAGAGGGGAACCAUGCUGCCAAUGGGGCCGGUGCUGCUCAGCCCCAGCAGUCUGUUCUCUGCCCUGCACAGGGAGGUGAUUGAGAAGAAACCAGAGAAGUUUAAGAUCGAGUGUCUCACAGACAUUAAGCAGCUUUUCUACCCCAACACUGAACCCUUCUACGCUGCCUUUGGCAACAGAGCUACAGAUGUGUAUUCCUAUAAGGAGGUGGGUGUUCCACUCAACAGGAUUUUUACUGUCAAUCCCAAAGGGGAGCUCAUACAGGAGCAUGCCAAGACAAAUAUCUCCUCCUUCGGGCGUCUCUGCGAUAUGGUCGACCAUGUCUUCCCAGUCCUGAGUCAAAACGGGGGCUCAGACCUCCCCUGCUCUGACACGUUUGACCAGUGCGACUACUGGAGCAAAGCACUUCCUGAUGGCCCCAACCAGGAUGAGGAAGAGGAAGACCCACAGCCCCUUAAGACAAGCUGAGGAAACCCCAUUGAGUCCAGCACAGAGGUCACUGCACUCCAGCUUUUCUUUACAUCGCAGUCAUCACACAGCACUGCUGUCAAUGGUUUUGUGAUUGAAGUGAGUGGAGAUGCUGGUUAGAACUUUGAGAAAUGUACUCAAACAUAUAAGGAUUUAAGGAACUGAGCUCUGUGACUUAACAUAAAUAACUGCGACUACUGAUUCAAAGUAGAUGAAGAUGUUUUCAGUGUUCCACGUAAACAAAUCUUUGUGCCAUUAAUUCAUGCAACGGUGAGAACACAAGCAGUCCCAGGUAGGAAACCACAGUAACUGAAUCUAUGGCAUUGUUUAAGAUGGAAAACAAAACAAAAGAGAAGUACGAGACCUCAAAAACAACAGUACUGAGAAAAAAAAUAGGAAUUGAUACAACUCGUGUCAGCAAAACAAGUGUGGGCGGGAAAAAAGAACGUAGAGAGGAAGCCUCAACACACAAUCACACUUCACACAUUUGCAAGUGCAUUGACUCACGACACACAAACAUCUGUAAAACCGCAUAACACAGCAGAACACAUUUUAAUUCUAGUCACCGUUCCCUCCCACAUCACAUAGUGUUUAUAGUUGUAGACAGAAAAGCAACAACACAAAACACAAGCUUAUGUGUGAAUAUGAAUUAAUGUCAGGGCUGGUUUGAAAUCAAUUUCUCUCCAUUCAUAUCGCCUAACGAACGUUUUCUGGAUUUUGUACUAAACACAAAAAACUAUUCAAAGACCUUUCUUUAUUAUAAGCAUCAGCUGUCAGAAGCUGGCUAUAGUUAAACAACAAUAAUAAGCAACCAUAAAUAUAUUCUAUUGAGUUAUUUAGAUCUCAGUUUAUUCUCUUCUUGCAUCAGUAAUUUUUAAUAUAUUUUUAUGCAAGAAUUCUGGCUUUUCUUGUAUCCAUUACACACAGUGGACACUCAGCAUCUCGUUCUAUCUGCUCCAGGUGUGUGGCUGAAGUCAGCACGUACAGCAGAUACAGCACCAGAAACAACACAUAACACUAUAGAAAAAAAACAUUGGGAAAGUGCAGAAAAAACUAAAAGCACAGAUCAUGUAUCCAGUCAUCUUCUGUGCCCAACUCCUCAGCAGCUCCAGCUAAAGGCGUGUGGUCAUUCGACCGUGCUACUGUGAACAAUUUUAGAUUCCCAACAAAGUGCUCAGUGUGCUCAAGUACUCCAGGGACAUGCAGGACAAUGCAACUAACUUCAGUCAGUGUUCUUGACGUCUGUUUUUUAUAUACAUACAUGUGCGUGAAUACGUUAACUCAAGUGACAUGCUAGAAUGUAGAACAUGAACCACUCACAGUGUGUGUUAUUCCAAUGACUAAUGCUCAUCAAUGCAAUUACUGUAUAAGGUUAUACAGGUUAAGGUCAUGUUUUUUCAGUUUUAUAGUGUCACUGCAUAAAUCAGUAUACUUUCUGUCUAACAUAUUUAUUUAUUUAUAUGUGUAUGUAUACAUACAUAUAUACAUUUAUGUAUGUAUAUAUAUAUGCACCCGCACAAACACACAUACAGUGGGGCAAAAAAGUAUUUAGUCAGCCACCAAUU